AUGGAAACCAACUACUCCAUCCCUCUGAAUGGAUCAGAACUGGUGGUCUAUGAUUCUACCACCUCCAGAGUUCUGUGGAUCCUCUCCAUGGUGAUCCUUUCUAUUACAUUUUUCCUUGGUGUUCUGGGCAAUGGGCUUGUGAUCUGGGUAACUGGAUUCCGAAUGACACACACCGUCACCACUAUUUGUUAUCUGAACCUGGCUUUGGCUGACUUCUCUUUUACGGCUACUCUACCAUUCCUUGUCGUCUCAAUGGCCAUGAAAGAAAAAUGGCCUUUUGGAUGGUUCCUGUGUAAAUUAAUACACAUUGUGGUAGACAUAAACCUAUUUGGAAGUGUCUUCCUGAUAGCUCUCAUCGCCUUGGACCGCUGUAUUUGUGUUCUGUAUCCAGUAUGGGCUCAGAACAACCGCACUGUGAGACUUGCUAAGAUGGUGAUUGUUGGACCCUGGAUUUUUGCUCUGAUCCUUACUUUGCCCAUUUUCAUCUUCUUGACUACAGUUACAGAUUCAGAAGGAAAUGUGUACUGUACAUUCAGUUUUGCAUCCUGGGGUAACACUGUUGAGGAUCGGUUAAACACAGCUAUCACUAUGUUAACAGCUAGAGGGAUCAUCAGGUUCAUUAUUGGCUUCAGCUUGCCCAUGUCCAUCAUUGCCAUCUGCUAUGGACUCAUCGCUGCCAAGAUCCACAGAAAAGCCCUUGUUAAUUCCAGCCGUCCCUUGCGUGUCCUUACUGCAGUUGUGUCUUCCUUCUUUAUUUGUUGGUUCCCCUUUCAACUGGUGGCCCUCUUAGGCACAGUCUGGCUCAAAGAGGUCCUGUUUAGUGGGGGUUAUAAAAUUCUUGAUAUGUUGGUUAACCCAACAAGCUCAUUAGCCUUCUUCAACAGCUGUCUCAAUCCAAUGCUCUAUGUAUUCAUGGGCCAGGACUUCAGAGAGAAACUGAUCCAUUCCCUGCCUUCCAGCCUGGAGAGAGCCCUGAGUGAGGACUCUUCCCAGAUCAGUAAUACAGGCACCAAUUCUGUUCCACCUCCUGAAGACAUUGAGAUAAAAGCAAUAUGAGGAGAGGGCUUGGGAAUCCUUUUUCUCUUAACUCAGUCCCUUUCUACUUUUAUCUUACCUUAAA